AUGUCAAUAUCACAAGGAUUUAUAAAAACUGUUAUGGUAUUAUUAGAAAGUACUAGUGGUUCAGGACAUUGUAUAGUUGGUUUUCGACCACGUCUAGCUACUAAUCGUAAAGAGAAAAUAGCAUUUGAUCCACUUGUUCAACAAAAUGUUUUAUAUCGUGAAUUACGCAAAAUACGUUCAUUGAAAAAAGCAGGAAGCUAA